GAGUUGAGGUCAGUCAGCAUUCGCGAAUCGCUCCGGUCUUAGAUUUGCACGGGAGACUUGAACCCUUUUCUCCUCCUUUUGUGUAGAGUAGGAUUAUCAAAUAGUAUAAGGAGUGCAAUUCAAAUUAGCUUUUGAACUGAAUUACAUACGGAGUGUGAUUGAAAUUCAUAUUGGGCCGUAGGCAAGUGUGACCGGAUAAAGCUCACUUCUCAUUUGAUUCUUCUUGUUCGUUGAUCUAUCUUGAUGACACAGAAACAAGCAAAGGUACCAAACAUGGAUUCAUCCUCACUGCUAUACAGCCAGCUCAAGGCCGCGGAGCCCUUCUUCUUACUCGCUGGUCCCAAUGUGAUUGAAUCUGAGGAUCAUAUUCUUUACAUGGCCAAGCACUUGAAGGCCCUGACAUCCAAACUUGGGCUAAAGUUUGUAUUCAAGUCAAGCUUUGACAAAGCUAAUCGCACUUCCUCCAAAUCAUUCCGUGGUCCUGGCAUGUACGAAGGUUUGAAGAUCCUUGAAAGGGUGAAAACAAUUUAUGAUGUACCCGUGGUGACUGAUGUUCAUGAAAGCAUUCAGUGUGAAGCAGUGGGGAGGGUUGCUGAUAUAAUUCAAAUUCCUGCUUUCUUAUGCCGGCAGACAGACCUCCUUGUUGCAGCUGCCAACACUGGCAAAAUAAUCAAUAUCAAGAAAGGGCAGUUUUGUGCACCAUCUGUCAUGUUAAAUUCUGCUGAAAAGGUCAGAUUGGCUGGAAACGACAAUGUAAUGGUUUGCGAGAGAGGCACCAUGUUUGGCUAUAAUGACUUGAUAGUUGAUCCACGGAACUUAGAAUGGAUGAGAGAAGCAAAUUGUCCAGUGGUGGCUGAUAUAACACAUUCUUUGCAACAACCUGCUGGAAAGAAGUUGGAUGGGGGAGGUGUUGCUAGUGGCGGUCUUCGUGAAUUGAUUCCUUGCAUUGCCAGGACAGCCGUUGCUGUAGGAGUGGAUGGGCUUUUUAUGGAGGUGCAUAAUGAUCCUCUAAAUGCUCCAGUAGAUGGUCCUACACAGUGGCCUCUUCGCCAUUUGGAAGAACUGCUGGAAGAGCUAAUGGCAAUCAGUGGGGUUAGCAAAGGGAAGAAACCAUUCAAACUUGACCUCACCCCAUUCCGUGAUUAGAUUUCUUGAUUGUGAGAAGAAUCCAAAUGCAGAAAUAUAUGGAAUAUACUUCCAUUGGUCUUAUAAUGCAUAUCUGCUGCUGCAAGGGAAAUAGCUGCAAAGUUUUGAUUGUAUGAACAAUUUAAUUUAAUAGGUACAAUAAAAUAAUCGCCCUAAAUAUGAAUAAAAAUAAUGUGAUAUUCCAAAACAGGACCAUGUUUUGUUUAAAUUGGAGUCAUCAUUGUUUUUUGUAAAAUAUUGCCAAUUUUGGCGGCAUAAUUUGGAAAGUAAUCAACUACUCCGUCUACUUAGGCAAAAAAUAUUUGCCCCUACCGUAGAAUAUCAAACCGUUUUGUAUCCCUAUUUCGAGAAAUUUCAGCUUUUGUUAAUCUAAAUGCAUUAAGUUUCUUGCUCUAAAG